AUGGCUGAACUCCGGCGCCUCCUUUGCCCCAAAUUCAUGACGCUGCCAGCGCGGAGCUUCGCCUUCUUUGCCGGCGCCCUCUCCUCCUCCGCUUUCUCCUUCAACGGCGGGAGGUCAAGUCCGUGGAGCCCUAUGAGUAUGGAGGAAGACGAAGAGAUCCAAGAGCUUGAUGCCGAGGAGCAGCAGGUUGGUGAGCAGCCGCAGCAGGGUGAUGGGCAGCGGCAGGAGUCGACAGCUGAAGCAAGGGCACAACAAACCGGAAAGAAACGUGCAAGAUCAGCGGCCAAUUCAUCUACUAAUCCCUCAAAUUCUCGUAAAUCUGAGGCAAAGAUAAAGGUUGAGGAAAGUGCACCAGGAGCUGCGACAGGAGUGAUUCUGUCUCUUCGUGAAAGUUUACAGGACUGUAAACAAAGCCUUGCAUCCUGCCAGGUGGAACUGGAAGCUGCAAAAUCAGAAAUCGAGAAGUGGCAUUCAGCAUUUCAGAGCGUUCCAGCUGUACCUUCUGGUACCAGUCCAGAUCCUGUUUCAGUGGUGUCUUACCUCAGUAACCUGAAGUCAUCAGAGGAGUCAUUGAAGGAGCAGCUGGAGAAAGCAAAGAAAAGGGAGGCAGCUUAUAUAGUAACAUUUGCAAAACGAGAGCAGGAGAUUGCAGAACUGAAGUCUGCAGUUAGAGAUUUAAAAACACAAUUAAGGCCACCGUCAAUGCAGACAAGGAGAUUAUUGCUUGAUCCAGCAAUUCAUGAGGAAUUUACACGUUUAAAGAAUCUUGUGGAGGAGAAAGAGAGAAAAAUAAAGGAGCUACAGGACAAUGUUGCUGCUGUCAAUUUUACUCCAUCCAGCAAACUGGGAAAAAUGCUAAUGGCUAAAUGUAGAACAUUGCAAGAGGAAAAUGAAGAGAUUGGGGCGAUGGCAUCAGAAGGAAAAAUACAUGAGCUUGGAAUGAAAAUUGCAGUUCUGAAGUCUCAGAACAAUGAGCUCAGGAAUCAAUUUGAUGUUUUGUAUAAACACAUGGACGGUGUAACAAAUGACGUGGAGAGAUCAAACGAAAUGGUGUCCAUCCUGCAAGAGGAGUUAGAAGCUAAGGAUUUGGAGCUAGCCAGAUUGAAGGAGACGCUUUCCCAGAAAGAAGGUACUCAAGACGCUCCGGUGGAAGAGAGGGACGAAGCUGGAAAUGAUCAGAAGGCAGCUUCAGAUCCACUGCAAGUGAAAGUGGAAAGUUAA